GGCGGGGCUCUCGGCCGCGCGCUUCCUCUCGGCGCGUCCGGGGCCCCCCUCCGCAGCGCCCCCGGCGACCCCGCCCGGGCGGGAUCGACGAGGCUCACGGCCGGCGCCACCGCCGAGGCUCGCGUCCCGCCGCCGCCAGCUGCGCCCCCGCGCGUCCUGAGCCCGGGGCGGCAGCGGCGGCGGCACAAAGGGACGCGGCAUGUCUGAUCCCAGCUACUGGACGGCGGUGGCGGCCCCGGGCCAUCGCAGCCGUCUGGCCAAGGGCGCCCUGCUCCAGCGCUCCAAGAGCUGCCGAAGUGGAAACCGCAAAAGCCUGGUGGUAGGGACACCAUCGCCCACUCUCUCUCGGCCCCUGUCGCCUCUGUCGGUCCCCACGGCAGGCAGCAGCCCCUUGGACAGUCCACGGAACUUAGCUGCUAUCAGCUUCCCCUUUGCAAGGAGGGCAGAUGGCAGAAGAUGGUCCCUCGCGUCUCUCCCGUCUUCUGGCUAUGGCACCAACACACCCAGUUCCACAGUCUCGUCGAGCUCGUCCUCCCGGGAACGUCUCCACCAGCUUCCCUUCCAGCCCACACCAGACGAGCUGCACUUCUUGUCCAAGCACUUCCGAAGCUCCGAGAGUGUGGUGGACGACGAGGGAGGCCGCUCACCACGCAUGCGUCCCCGCUCCCGCAGCCUGAGCCCGGGACGCACAUCGGGGACCUUUGACAAUGAGAUCGCCAUGAUGAAUCACGUGUACAGGGAGAGGUUCCCCAAGGCCACUGCCCAGAUGGAGGGCCGCCUGCAGGACUUCCUGGCAGCCUACCCGCCGGACGACGCCCGCCUGGCUCUGGCGGAUGGCGUCUUGGGCUUCAUCCACCACCAGAUCAUGGAGCUGGCCCGGGACUGCCUGGCCAAGUCCGCCGAGGCCCUGGUCACCUCCCGCUACUUCCUGGAGAUGCAGGAGAAGCUCGAGCGGCUGCUGCAGGAUGCCCAUGAGCGCUCAGACAGUGAGGAGGUGGGCUUCAUUCUCCAGCUGGUCCGGAAGCUGUUGAUCAUCAUCUCGCGGCCUGCUCGGCUCUUGGAGUGCCUGGAAUUUGAUCCUGAAGAGUUUUACCACCUACUGGAGGCAGCCGAGGGCCAAGCCCGGGAUGGCCAGGGCAUUAAGACAGACCUGCCACAGUACAUCAUUGGACAGCUAGGCCUAGCCAAGGACCCCCUGGAGGAAAUUGUGCCUCUGAGUGACCUUGAUGAAGGACAGCCCCCAGCUUCCGAGUCCCCUGAGAACCGUGCCCUGGUGGGCCCAUCCCGGAGGAAGCCCUGUGAGAGCGACUUUGAGACCAUCAAACUUAUCAGCAAUGGGGCAUAUGGGGCCGUGUAUCUGGUACGGCACCGGGAGACCCGGCAGCGCUUCGCCAUCAAGAAGAUCAACAAGCAGAACCUGAUCCUGCGGAACCAGAUCCAGCAGGUGUUCGUGGAGCGAGACAUCCUCACCUUCGCCGAGAACCCCUUCGUGGUGGGCAUGUUCUGCUCCUUCGAGACGCGCCGCCAUCUCUGCAUGGUCAUGGAGUAUGUGGAGGGCGGCGACUGCGCCACGCUGCUGAAGAACAUGGGCCCGCUGCCCGUGGACAUGGCACGCAUGUACUUCGCAGAGACCGUGCUGGCACUCGAGUACCUGCACAACUACGGCAUCGUGCACCGCGACCUCAAGCCAGACAACCUGCUGAUCACGUCCCUCGGCCACAUCAAGCUGACUGACUUCGGCCUGUCCAAGAUCGGGCUCAUGAACAUGGCCACCAACCUCUACGAAGGCCACAUCGAAAAGGAUGCCCGAGAGUUUGUGGACAAGCAGGUAUGCGGGACUCCGGAGUACAUUGCACCUGAGGUGAUCUUCCGCCAGGGCUAUGGGAAGCCCGUGGACUGGUGGGCUAUGGGCAUCAUCCUGUAUGAGUUCUUGGUGGGCUGCGUGCCCUUCUUUGGAGACACACCCGAGGAGCUCUUCGGACAGGUGGUCAGCGAUGACAUCAUGUGGCCCGAGGGGGAGGAGGCCCUUCCAGCCGAGGCCCAGGACCUCAUCACCCGACUGCUACGCCAGAGCCCCAUGGAGCGCCUGGGCACCGGUGGCACCCACGAAGUAAAACAGCACCCGUUCUUCUGGGCUCUGGAUUGGGCGGGGCUCCUGCGACACAAAGCAGAAUUUGUCCCUCAGCUCGAAGCAGAAGACGACACCAGCUACUUUGACACCCGCUCGGAGAGGUACCGACAUCUGGGCUCCGAGGAUGAGGAAACCAACGACGAGGAGUCAUCCACAGAGAUCCCACAGUUCUCCUCCUGCUCCCACCGCUUCAGCAAGGUGUACAGUAGCUCCGAGUUCCUGGCUGUCCAGCCCACCCCAGCGUUCUCCGAGAGGACCUCCAGUGAGGACCGGGAGGAGGCGUGGGAGCGCAACGAAGGAGAGAAUGGUCAUCGGCUGAGCACUGAAGUCCGGCUGAGGUCCUGGACAUCCUCGGGUCCCUCCCAGCCAGAGCGCGGCCCCAGCCCAUCUCUCCUGGGCACCAUCAGCCUGGACACCAUGCCCAAGUUUGCUUUCUCCUCGGAAGAUGAGGCACCAGGCCCAGGCCCUGAGGACCCCAGGAAGCCAGUCUUCCUUCUAGGGGAACCUGAUGCCCCUCCUCCAACCCCCCCUGUAACUCCGAAGCCCUCCAGCCUUUCAGCUGACGCCGUGACGCUCAGCCACGCACGCCUCCGGAGUAACAGCACUGGGGCCCGGCACUCAACCUCACGGGCCCUGGAUGCAGGCCGGGGCCGCCGCCUGGGGGGACCCAGAGACCAAGCCCCUGAGAAGUCCCGGUCUUCUCCCGGCGGUGGCAGCGGCAAUGGAGGCCGCGUGCCCAAGUCAGCCUCCGUGUCGGCGUUGUCGCUCAUCAUCACCGCAGACGACGGCAGCGGCGGCCCCCUCAUGAGUCCGCUGUCCCCGCGCUCUCUGUCCUCCAACCCCUCCUCCCGGGACUCGUCGCCCAGCCGGGACCCAUCGCCUGUGAGCGGGAGUCUGCGGCCGCCCGUGGUCAUCCACAGCUCAGGGAAGAAGUUCGGCUUCAGCCUGCGCGCCAUCCGCGUCUACAUGGGAGACAGCGACGUCUACACCGUGCACCACGUGGUCUGGAGUGUGGAGGAGGGGAGCCCUGCGCAGGAGGCUGGACUCCGCGCCGGAGACCUGGUCACCCACAUUAAUGGGGAGUCUGUCCUGGGGCUGGUGCACGUGGACGUGGUGGAGCUGCUGCUGAAGAGCGGCGGCAAGAUCUCGCUGCGCACCACGGCGCUGGAGAACACGUCCAUAAAGGUGGGCCCGGCGCGCAAGGCCGCCAAGGGCCGCAUGGCACGGAGGAGUAAGCGCAGCCGCCGGCGGGAGACGCAGGACCGGCGGAAGUCGCUGUUCAAGAAGAUCUCCAAGCAGACCUCUGCGCUGCACACCAGCCGCAGCUUCUCCUCCGGCCUCCACCACUCGCUGUCGUCCAGCGAGAGCCUGCCUGGGUCCCCCACUCACAGCCUCUCCCCGAGCCCCACCAUGCCCUGCCGCAACCCGGCCCCGGAGCCCCCUGCAGAGGCAGCCUCCCCGCCCAGCGUGUCCCCAGGCUCCAGCAACCCUGCGUCCCCCGCCGCUGCGGGCCACGCGCGCCCCAGCUCCCUGCACGGCCUGGCCGCCAAAUUGGGGCCGCCCCGGCACAAGUCCGGCCGGCGCAAGUCCACCAGCAGCAUUCCGCCGUCGCCGCUGGCCUGCCCGCCCGCGUCUGCGCCCCGCGCGCCCUCGCCGCUGCCCGGCCUCGGGCCCGCGCGCUCCCCGCGCCUGCUGCGCCGCGGCCAGUCCGCCGACAAGCUUGGGCUGGGCUGCAGCGAGCGGCCGGAUGCCGACCCGGGGAGGCGCAGCCGCGGCCCCGAAGCCGAGCUGGUGGUCAUGCGGCGGCUGCACCUGUCCGAGCGCCGCGACUCCUUCAAGAAACAGGAGGCGGUGCAGGAGGUGAGCUUCGAUGACCCCGCGGACCCUGUGGAGGAGCCCGCGCCGCCCGAGGGGUCAAGCCGUGCACGGAGCCAAGUGGCGGCCCAGGCCGGCCCCGCCACCACCCCUGCUGCGGUGCCUCACAUUGCUGUCCACCUCCCGGGCCCUCAGCACUGAUCCCCAGCCAGCCCGUGCCCCAUCCGGCCCGAGGACCUGUAUAUAUAUAUAGCGCCGUGCUUGCAACUAAUUUAUUAUUUUUUAUGAGCAAUUGCAGAGGGCCGCCCUGGGCCAGGCGUCAGGCCCCGCACGGCCUGACUUUGCACACACUGCUCUCUGGGCCAAGACAGAAGCACUUUGGACAAGUCCGCGUGUUUGUGUUUCCAGGUGUCUCCACUGUUGGGUUGUGUGUGUGUCUGUGUGUCCAUGCAACCCCAGCUCAUUCCCUGACCCAGGGCUGUGUGGCCUGGGCAUCGGGGUUCACCUGGCCCAGCCGACUUUUGGCAGGGCUUGGAGAGCCGGUAAACAUUGGUCCUCUCCAUGACAGAAUUUGGAGAUUUGGGCAACUCAGGCCGCUUUUGCUAGCCUGCAGUCCUGCAGCAUGGAGGAAGGGACGUUGGGGCUGGGAAUCUGAUGGGUAAAUAGAAGUUUGCCUACGCAGAGGUCACCCGUCUCUACGGGACCCCCAGUGCCCGUUCCUGCUAGGGAGAAGAGUGGCUGCGUGGACAGGCUUACAAAUUGAACCCUGCUACAGGACAGCAAGGCCCGCAUUUGAAUUUUAGCUUCACUGUGUGGCUCUGGGAAAGCAGCUUUCCCACUCUGUGCCUGAGUUUCCUCGUGUUUACAAGACUUUAUGAAGCGCCUACUGUAUGCGGAGUUUUUCCUUGUGGCUUCUCAAGAAGACUGGAAGGGGCCUCUGCGUCCUCACCUCAGCCUGUCAGGGCUUAGACCCACCGCACGAUGGCGGAGAGGGGGUCAGAAGUCCCUGGCUGCCGAGGAGGUGGCUGAGAUGGCUCUGCCCAGCUGCAGCCCGCUCUGCAUCCACCCAUUCAUCUUGCCUCCAGCCUGGUCUGGGCAUGGAGGGCAAACUGAGGCUGUGCAUGACUUGCCCCGACUUCCACCCUGGGGCCGGCAGCUAAUAAAAGCCCACCUUUACAAAGAGGAAGCCUAGUGUCUGGAUUUGUGGGGCUGGGAGGGGCAACAUGGGUUUUGAAGGCUUCGUAGAAGUUCACUUCUGAGUCCCCUGACUGCUCUGAUCCUGGGCUCCUGCUGCCCCUACCAGUGCAGUCCCGGCUGCAGGGCAUCACAGGGUAGCCUUUCUGAGGAGAGGAA